CCCAUCCUUUCUGGUGCCUGGCUAAGCCAGUUGUCAUGGUAACCCUUUGGAAGCCGAGCACCGUCCUCCUCCCUCCCUCGUUCCUUCCACCUUUGUGGUUAAGGAGCCCCAAACCCAGAACCAGGAGGAGAUUUCUAAGCUAAUCUACGUCCCUGAUGAUCCUGUCCACUACCCACCUUGUCGCUAUGGCAUUCCUCUCUCACCUUGUACCCAGGUGAAAGAGCCCACAGCCCCAAAGACACUAAUCCCUAAGAGAAGUAUCUCUUCCCAACCCCCUCCCCCGGAGCUACCCAGCUGGUGUUACCAUGGUAACCAUCUCCCCUUUCAUCCGUGGGAGUGGCGCUGGACCAAACCAACCAGGUGUUUUUAUUUAGAGGAAAGAGUCUGCUGGGGCCAGUUGCUAUGGUUUCAGGACCUGGACCAGCCCGCAGGGAAGUGGGAAACAGACAAGGCCAAGCCCUGGUUACUAUACGAUGCCACUGAGCUGGACUCGAGCCACCCUCCUGGAAUAGCCCCAGCCUGCAGCCGAGGAGGAUGUCACCGAGGCCCAGCUAGGGCCUGACUUGGGCCUCAUGCGGCUCACCCGUUGCCAGGCUGCGCUGGCAGCCGCCAUCACCCUCAACCUGCUGGUGCUCAUCUACGUCUCCUGGCUGCAGCACCAGCCCAGGCACUCCCGAGGCCGGGGCUCCUGGCGUGCCUCCGCUGCCUCAGGCCCCCGUGUCACGGUGCUGGUGCGGGAGUUUGAGACCUUUGACAACGCCCUGCCCGAGCUGGUGGACUCCCUGCUGCAGCAGGACCCAGCGCAGCCUGUAGUGGUUGUGGCUGACUCACUGCCCUACCCGCCCCUGGCCUUGCCUCGCAUCCCCAAUGUUCGCCUGGCCCUGUUGCAGCCCACCUUGGACAGGCCGGCUGCGGCCUCACGCCCACAGACCUAUGUCAACACCGAAUUCGUGGCCCUGGUGCCAGACGGCACGCGGGCUGAGACCCCGGGCCAGCUGGAGCGCAUGGUGGAGGCGCUCCGGCAGGGAAACGCACGCUUGGUGGCCGCCCCAGUGGCCACGGCCAACCCUGCCCGGUGCCUGGCCUUGAAUGUGAGCCUGCGGGAGUGGACCGCGCAUUACUCUGCUGCGCCCACCGCACCCCGCUGUGACGCCCUGGACGGGGACGCUGUGGUGCUCCUUCGCGCCCGCGACCUCUUCAAUCUCUCGGUACCGCUGGCCCGGCCGCUGGGCACCAGCCUCUUCCUGCAGACUGCCCUGCGUGGUUGGGCCGUGCACCUGCUGGACUGGCCCUUCGCCGCCGCACGCCAGCCCCCACUGGGCACAGCGCACGCCCGCUGGAAGGCCGAGCGCGAAGGGCGAGCGCGGCGAGCGGCGCUGCUGCGCGCACUGGGCAUCCGCCUAGUGAGCUGGGAAGGCGGGCGGCUGGAGUGGUUCGGCUGCGGCAAGGAGACGGCGCGCUGCUUUGGCACAGUGGUAGGUGACACACCCUCCUACCUGUACGAGGGGCGCUGGACACCCCCGUGCUGCCUGCGCGCGCUGCGGGAGACAGCCCGCUACGUGGUGGGCGUGCUGGAGGCGGCCGGUGUGCGCUACUGGCUGGAGGGUGGCUCGCUGCUGGGGGCCGCACGUCACGGGGACAUCAUCCCGUGGGACUACGACGUGGACCUAGGCAUCUAUCUGGAGGAUGUGGGCAAUUGCGAACAGCUGCGGGGGGCCGAGGCUGGCUCGGUGGUGGACGAGCGCGGCUUCGUGUGGGAGAAGGCCGUGGAGGGUGAUUUCUUCCGCGUGCAGUACAGUGAGAGCAACCAUCUGCACGUGGACCUGUGGCCCUUCUACCCCCGCAACGGGGUCAUGACCAAGGACACGUGGCUGGACCACCGGCAGGACGUGGAGUUCCCGGAACACUUCCUGCAGCCUCUGGUGCCCUUGGCUUUCGCCGGCUUCAUGGCGCAGGCGCCCAACAACUACCGGCGCUUCCUGGAGCUCAAGUUCGGCCCUGGCGUCAUCGAGAACCCCGAGUACCCCAACCCAGCGCUCUUGAGCUUGUCAGGCAGCAGAUGAAGACGCGGGGUCCUGGGAGGUCUGGGGGAUGGAGGGACCGGGCUUUUCUUGCGGAUGCUGGGCAUGCGGACACUUUGCUUGCUGGGUGAUGGGGGCUGGGGGAGAGAGAUGGAGAGGGAGGGAAGAGGACUGAGCGACCCAGAAAGAUGAGGGAGAAGUUUGGCUUCUGCAGGAAAGUUCAGGCCGGAGAGCCGAGGCCUCUUCCGGAGAUUCUCCUUGAGGCCAAGAAUGUGGGUAGGCUUGGGAACAUCUGGAGGGUGUUGAGGGCGCUGGCAUAUAAUGGGCGAAUCAAGGGACUCUUGGCUGAACCUACAGGACCC